CUUCGCCGCCGCCACGGAUCCCACGGCGCCACCUCGCCACCGCUGGUCGCCAUGGCGCGGUGUCACCCCGCCGCCACCUCAGCCAAGCGCCGCGCCGCCCCUCCAAACCCUAGCCCGCCCCCUCCGCCCGCCGACGGAUUGCUUCCGCUCCUCCACGCGGCGAGCCGCGGCGACCUCCGCCUCUUCAAGAGGCUGGUGAGAGAUCUGGAUCAGGGCAGGGGCCGUCCCAGGGAGGUGGUGGAGGCGGCCAAGGACCAAGGUCUCGUGGCGCUGCACUUCGCUGCCGGGAAGGGAAGGCCACGGGUGUGCAGGUACCUGGUCGAGGAGCUAGGGGUCAAUGUGGACGCCGUCGACGAUGGAGGCACCGGCACCCGGCGGUGCGCUCUCCGGGACUCUGCCACUUGAAGGGGCGAGGAGGAGCUACGGAUGCUAGCGAUUAACAACGUUGUGCAGAAGGAAAGCGCAGGACACUAUUUUGGAUUGGCUUAUAUUUUUCGGGCAAAGUUGUUCGUUUUAUUAACAUGGCAAAGUUCAGACAUUGAUGCAAAACAAAGGUAUGCCUUGAUGCUCACAGGAAACAGAAACAGAGCUACAUGAGAUAAUUUUCAAGAAGUGUUCACUUAUAAUAUUGAAAUAUGUUUUCAUCAGACUAUUGUCAAGAAUUGUUCAAAUGAGACAGUAGCUGUUGGAACAAUAUCUACUUGCAUGACACACUUGCAGGUAGCAGCUUUGAUUCAUCUAUAUUUAAAUUUUCCAUUCAGGUCAUUUUCCACAGAUAUCUUCUGUUGGUUUCUUUCUUUAUUACUACUGUCAAGAAGUGUUCAAAUGUGGCAGUAGGUGUUGUCAAAGAAGCAUAUCAUUUUGUGAUAACUCAAUAACCACCAGCAUUUAGUGCAUGGAUUUUUGUCUAUCAUUUUGUGUGAGAUCAAGCUACAUAAAUUAACACCAGUUUUAUAGGCGAAAAUACACAACCAUUUUUCUUGUUUUGCAGCACAUUAUGAUUCAGUCUGAGGAUGAUCUUCUAUAAGGAAGUUCCCAAGAUGUAUUGAAGUAGAUUCUUUUCAUUUGUUCAUAAUUGAAUCCCAAACAGGACAUUGUGAUAAUGGGUCUUCUCUUUGCUGGUUUUUGAUAGGGCCUUGACAAUUAAAUUACGUUCAUUUGUUUAGUUCUUCUCUGUAACUUAGGGAAACUACUGUUUUAUUCAGCAUUUUCGCUACACAAUAUCAUGUUGACACAUUCCAAAAUUUUGGUUGCAGCGGCUUGAAUUUUAA